AUUAUAUUAUGCCACCAAAAAAAUCAACUCCUAAAGUUACCAAUUCACCUCCACCAGCAGCCAGAACAACUAGAUCGAAAAAAAAUGAUAAAGCAGAAGAUAAAAAAUAGUAUUCCAAUUUUAAACAUUUUUUAGAGAUAUUAUUGAUAAAGCUGUCAAAGAUGUUUCAAAAUCAAAUAAUUAAGAUAAAUAAACAAAUCUUUCAUAAAAAAAUGAUCAGCCUAUAAAUGAUUCUAAAAAAUCGACUUCUCCAUCUCCUAAAAAAAAUGUUUAAGAAGCUUCUAAUACCUCAAACAUUGAUAAAAGUAAUAAAACAGCCCCAAUUGAUGAGUAUUUUGAUGAUUAAGAGAAUUUUAUUGUAUAUGAAGAGAACGGUAAAAUUUAUGAUUGCAUGAUGAAUCAAACCAAUAUUAUGAAUGAUAAUAAUAAUAACAAGUUUUAUGUUGUCUAAUUGUUGAAAAAGAAAGAAAAAGGUAUGUAUUAAAUCUAUAAUUAGACUUUUAUUAUUUAUAUACAAGAUGGGGUAGAGUUGGAGUUGAAGGAUAAUCAGCUUAAUAAUCAUUUUUAAAAGUUGAAUCUGCUAAAAAAGCAUAUGAGAGUAAAGUUAGACAAAAAAGUGUAAAAGGUGAAUAUAGAGUUUUGGAAAGAGAUUAUAGUGGUGAAUAAGAUCCUAAAGAAUUGGAAAGAUUAGAGAAUCAAAAAGAAUAAAGAGAGAAAGAGUCAUAUAAUUAAAGUAGAUUACAUGCUAAAAUAAAAGAUUUGGUUAGAUUAAUUUUUGAUAUGAAGAUGAUUAAUAAUUAAAUGAAAGAGUAUUAUUAUUAAUUUAUAUAAAUAGAAUUGGUUAUGAUGCUAAAAAAACACCAUUAGGAAAAUUGGCUGCUUCAACUAUUAAAAAAGGAUUUGAUGUUCUUAAAGAAAUAUCUGAGGAAUUGUAAAAUAAUAUUCCUGAUAAAACUGUUUUAUAAAGACUUUCAGGUGAAUUUUAUAGUUAAAUCCCUCAUGAUUUUGGAUAUAUGAGAGCUCCGAUAAUUGAAACUCCUUAAAUGGUUAAGAAUAAAUUAGAAAUGUUGGAAUCAAUAUAACAUAUAUAAAUUGCUACAAAAAUUUUAGAAGAAAAUUCAGAGGAUACUAAUGCAAUAGAUGAAAAUUUCAAAAAAUUAGGAAUAAAUAUGUAAUACUUAGAACCUACAGAUGAAAAAGUAGAUAUUAUUAAGAAAUAUGUAACUAAUACACAUUGUGAGACACAUAGAGGAUAUGGAUUAGAAGUCUUAGAUGUAUUUGAAUUGUAAAAAGAGUAAGAUGAUAAUCGAUUCAAAAAAGAUUUAGGUAAUAGAAUGCUUUUAUGGCACGGUUCAAGACUUACAAACUUUGUAGGUAUUUUAAGUUAAGGAUUAAGAAUUGCACCACCUGAAGCUCCAGUUACUGGAUACAUGUUUGGAAAAGUAAAUUUUAAAUUAAUUAAAUCUAGGGUGUUUAUUUUGCAGAUAUGGUUUCUAAAUCAGCUAAUUAUUGUGCAGUAACUAGAGAAAAUAAUACAGGCCUGAUAUUAUUAUGUGAUGUAGCUCUAGGAAAUACAAAUGAAAAGUUUUAUUCAGAUUAUUAUGCAAAUUAAUUACCAGAAGGUAAACAUAGCACUUGGGGAAGAGGUAAAACAAUGCCACCUCUAUCUGAUAAUAUUUCAUUUCCAGGUAUGCCAGAAGUAAAAGUACCUAUUGGCAAAGGUGCUCCAUCAGGUGUUCCUCAUGUAAUACAUUUAUUUUAUCUAGACAUCCUUAUUGUACAAUGAAUUCAUAGUUUAUGAUGUUGCAUAAAUUAGAUUGAAGUAUUUGAUCAAAAUGAAAUGGGAAUUUAAAUGAAACAACAAGAAGUGAAAUCUUA